AAUCUUGACCAAUAACACAGUAGAACAUAAAUUUGCCCAAUUGCCCCCGUAGUCUCUGCUUAUUCACAUCAACGUACAGCAACACAAAACCCAGACGGUCCCGUUUUUCCUCUCGCUUGCCGUGGAAGCCAUGACCAGCUCCUCCGCCCCGUCACGGAAGGCGUUAAGCAAGAUCGCAUGUAACAGAUUGCAGAAAGAGCUUGUCGAAUGGCAAAUGAAUCCUCCACUUGGAUUCAAACACAAAGUCACUGAUAACCUCCAGAGAUGGAUAAUUGAAGUCAACGGAGCUCCAGGGACUCUGUAUGCGAAUGAAACGUAUCAGCUUCAAGUAGAUUUUCCCGAUCAUUACCCUAUGGAAGCACCUCAAGUGGUGUUUGUCCCUCCGGCUCCUUUGCAUCCUCACAUUUACAGCAAUGGGCAUAUUUGUCUAGAUAUUCUUUACGAUUCGUGGUCCCCCGCCAUGACUGUCAGUUCCAUCUGCAUCAGCAUUCUCUCUAUGUUGUCAAGCUCAACUUUGAAGCAACGGCCACCUGAUAAUGACCGCUAUGUAAAGAACUGUAGGAAUGGAAGAUCCCCCAAGGAAACUAGAUGGUGGUUCCACGACGAUAAGGUCUGAUUUCUAAUGAGAUCAUGUAUUAUCCGUGUAUAAAAAUGAGAGCCUUCUGACAAUAUAUAUCAGAGGGGCAGUGGGAAUGGGGUUGGCAUGGCCAUGCCCGCAAAAGUCUGCUAACCUUUCUACAUUUUCCUUUCUAUGAAUGGUGUAACUAUAUUUAUAUCUUUUGGAUAUGAUGGCGGCCUUCCCAAUUUAAAUCUUC